AAUGUUCCGGAAGAUAUUUUAUUUGCAAGCUGAUCACAGAAGCGCCAUUUCUUCUGGAUGUGUUACCCACUCCACUUCCUGUUUAAAGUGUUCAUCUCGUGUGAUCAACGAGGCACUUGUGGACGCUAAGCUUUCCUGUCACGCAUAUCCAAUCGUGCACAAUAGAAUUCCUAGCUUUCUUCACCUGUAAGCAAAUACUGGAAUUCGGCAAAACUUACAACGGGUAUGUGACGUUGAAUCCACAAAGACCCUACUAUACAUUGCCAUUUAAAAAAUGGCGGUCAACCUAAAUUCGACAGAAGAUAGCAACAAGGAAACUCUUUCGUUCAAGGUUUUCAAAAUCACGAUGUACUCUCUCAUUCUUCUUUUGUGUCUUCUUGGGAAUACUCUGGUUAUUAUCGUCAUCUGCAAGAUGAAACGAAUGAGGAACCCCUCAAAUCUGCUCAUUCUCAACCUUGCAGUUUGCGAUUUAAUAACCCCUCUGGCCAGCAUUCCAUUUGACCUGGCACUGGAGGAAAAAGGCUACAUUUGGCCCUUUGGAAGAAUCCUUUGCAAAACUCUUUGGCCACUUGCAACUUUGUCUGCCAUUUCUGCAUCACUGACACUGGCCAUCAUUUCAUUGGAUCGUUACCGAGUUAUUAUGCAUCCUUUUAAGCAAAGACUCAGUUCCAAGCAAGUAAAAUGUUCUAUAGUGAUCAUGCAUUUUGUGGCUCUGUUGUUUGUGGUACCUUACAUUUAUUACCUGAAUUUGGUGGGCGAAGGGUCCACCAAGUCUUGCGAAGAAACAUGGCCAGCGUUUCACUACAGGCAGGUGUACACACUGGCUCUUUUUAUUGGCCAGUACGGAAUUCCCUUAGCGUUCAUGAGCGUGAUGUACACCAUGACUCUGUCCAACUUGCGCUCAAGUGCAAACAUGUUUGAGAAAGUUCAACAACGUCCAAGUCAAGUGAACGUAGUUGGAAACUAUAACAACCGCCAAAUGGAUUUUCAGCGUAAAGCAAGCCGAGUAACGAUAGGUCAGAGACAUAACAGUUUGCUGGGAAAAGCUAAUCAGAAUAUUCGAGCGACCAAAAUGUUCGUGACGGUCGUCAUAGUCUUCGCCACUUGCAGGUUACCAAACGAGAUUUUCUGGCUCUGGUCAGAUUUUGGUGACGGACUGAACCAAGAUCACUCACAAAUAGUCGGAAUCAUCUGUAGAAUGUUCACGUACACUAACAGUAUUUUCAACCCCGUUAUCUACUGGAUAUUCAGCAGGGAUUUCAAAAGGGGGUUCAGGAGAAUACUUACCAGCUUAUGUAAACGUAAACAAGAUGGGUCGUUUGACGACUCUGUGGAUAGAAGUGAACUGAGUUAUUUACGAAAGAUCAGCUCUAUUAGCGAAUCCUUUUCUUUUGUUUGGCGAAAAUUGAGCCGAUCGAGAAGUGACAAUGGCGGCCCUUUGGAGCUCAAGGAAAAUCAGAGACUUUACAAGCACUCAAUUUCUAACAGUCCAGAAAGUUCCCAUCGAAAAGCGUCAAGGAAGAUUUCUUUCCUUAGAGAGGGAUUUGCCAACGACCCGGACAAGACCCUAUCAGGAACUACAAACAGGAAUAACCCCGGCUCAGUUCAAUUGGACGAUUCCUUUAGAUUUAUUAAGCUGCAGUCACAACCUAGACUUGAAAAGAUUAACGAGGAACCUUCAUUUAAACCAGCUCAAGAACAUGGAAUGGUCAGAAUCAGGCGUUUUGGUAUAGUAGAGACACCGAAUGCGCAGCCCUUGAACGAACAACUCAUUAUGAAGACUACACAACCUGCGACAGAUGAUUUGUCAUUUUCACCAAAUGAAAUGAUUGGCGACACGACCGAAUCAAUGGAUUUGGUGCCGAGAAAAAACUCGCAACCCACAGCUGAUAAAGUAUCAUCCUUAGAAAUUAAACGUUCGUUUGACGAUAUCAAAAAUGACGGAGGCGUCGAUUGCGAAAAGAAAGCAUUUUUAAAUCAUCGAGAUUUGACAUCGGUUUACUUCCAGUUCUCACCGUCGCUUUUAAACUUAGCUGCAUUGAAAGAAACCCAAUGUUAAUUUGCUUGCCAUCUGUCUAGGCGUUUAUGAAUUUAUUCAAUUUGCCGCUGAUUGUUACGCGCCGAAAAGCACGAAAGCAGCAAAUACGGCACCAUUUUAAUUUGGCACAUUAUUUUGAAUGUUUCACCCUUGAACAAGGAGGUUAUUUUUGUUAUGGCUAUUCUCAGCAGCGUGUCGCCAAUCCUGCUCAAUCAGAAUAAUUUAUCCCGAAGGCCCUGAGGCUACAACUGAAGUCAAACUUGACACCAGAAUUCAUCUACUUAUAACAAUUGCUCUUUCUCUUCUUUUGUCUCUCGUUUUCUUCGAUGGUCAAUGCAAACGUAGAUACUAGAUACUAAAGAUGUAGGCGUGAGUAGAUAAAUUUGAAUAUUGUCAGAUAUUAGCAAAAGUUUCCUCAGCAAAAAAACUGUAGGAAGAUAUUAACUGAAAUUUAAGUGCAACCGUUUGUAAAUGACUGCUGGAGAUUCAAGUUUCAAGAAUUAUUGAUACUUGUUGAAAACUCGACAGACGGUUUAAAUGUAAAAAUAAAAGUUAUAUGUAUAGGG